AUGGCUCAGAACGAUCCACUUCAAGGCUUUGAGGAUUUUCUCGAGGCUGAUUUUCAGCCAUUGCGCUUUGCAAACGAUCUAUUAAAAGUUACAAAUAAUGGCACAGAUACGGAUGUCUUGGACCUGAAGACGUGUGUGAAGAGAUGCUCGUAUGAUCUCCAAGAAUUAGACAGAAGAAUUGAAGGUGCUAUCAAGACCAACCCAAGCCAUGUGCUAGAACAAAUUGAGAAGAGAAAGAAGGAAAAAAGCUUUGUAGGAGAUACUCUCAAAUCAAACACGGAAUAUUUGUCUAUGUCGUACAACAGAUUACAACAAGACAUCUUAGAGCCAUUUGAAAGGGCACUUAAACUGCAGACAGUUUCUAGUAAAAUUCAUCAAACUACAACAUUACUGAGAAGUUCCUUAAUAUAUGUGCACAUGAUAUCUCAGUUGCAAAUGAUGCCAUUAGAGACAGACUCUACUGAUGAUGAGCAACUAGCAUGCGGGUUAAAAAUAGCUGCCUUACAUUCACAAUUGAAGAUUAAUAUUGAACAAAAUCCCAACCUGGCAACUUUGCAGCUGAUAAAAUCAUGCGAGAACAAUGUGGUUUCUCCAAAUCGACAGGAAUUAUUGCGAUAUCUUUCCACCAAUUUGACAAGGGAUUGUCUAAACAAUCUCAAGAUGGAAAACAACCCUAAGAGAAUUGUGACUUUAAUCAAAGCAUUGUAUACUUUAUCUCCAGUAGAUCUUUUUGAUACAAUUGACAAAGUACUCAGUUCAAAAAUUCAAACGACGGCUCAAGUGCUAUCUAAGACCAUCACAUCCAUUAGAAACUUCAACCUGUCAUUAGAUGAUGCCAUGGAAAAUAGAAACUCGAUACUCACUUUACAGAACUUAAUGGAAGAAUGUGAGAUUGAAGGAAAUACGAACACUCUUCGCAAUUACCUAUCUCAAAGGAAAUUUUCCUCGUUGAUCGAUCAAUUUUGGUCAAAAGUCACUAAUAGUUUCAAAAGAGAUUUCGAAAUGUCCUACAAUCGCGGUGGACCUGUCGGGAAAUCUCUGCAAAGCAAUUCCAAUCUAAUAUAUGAAGCCAUUAGUAAAUGCUUCGGUGAAAAUGACCCUAGUAAUGAACUACAAGGCGAACUGCAGUAUAUCUUGAAAGCCGUUAGUAUAUUAGAUACAAACAGGAAAUAA